CCCCAUGGCCCCCACUUCAGUCCCCAUUACACCCUUUAUGAUCCCACACUUUGCCCCUUUCCUUCCAACCAAACACUUCUUCACUACUCUCCAUCCAUGGUGAUUCCUAAGCCUUUUUAGUUCAUUCAACUUUCUUUUUUCAAAACCACCAAUGGACAACCCUCCACCAAACUGGAAUUGGCUCUUCGAUUACUCUACAGUGGAUGAUCUCGCCGUCGUCGACCCUCGAUUCUCGCCCCCACAGUCCAUCAGUUUCUCCUGGUCCAAUCCCUCCAUCAAUUUUUUAUCUAAAGACAGCCUUGAGGUAGAUUGUUCAUAUGAAGAUCUGGACAGCACAAAGGAAGUGGGUCGGAAACGGCUAAGGGGUGAAACAAGUGCUGCAUCUACCUCCAAAGCCUGCAGAGAGAAACAGAGGAGAGAUAAGCUGAAUGAGAGGUUCUUGGAAUUGGCUGCUGUCCUGGAACCUGGAAAACCACCCAAAAGCGACAAGGUUGCAAUCUUGAGUGAUGCUAUCAGAAUGAUGACUGAUUUACAAUGUGAAACUCAGAAGCUGAGAGAAUCAAAGGAGGAUUUGAAGGCAAAAAUCAAAGAACUAAAGGUUGAGAAAAAUGAACUUCGUGAUGAGAAGCAAAGGUUGAGAGCAGAGAAAGAAAAGUUGGAGCUGCAAAUCAGAGCAGUGAACACUCGAGCAGCUGAUGUUCAGCAUCCUCCCCCCACACUGUCAGCUGCAUUUACCGCACAAGGGCAAUCGGCUGGUAACAAAUUGAUGCCUUUCAUUGGUUAUCCUGGCAUUGCCAUGUGGCAGUUCUUGCCGCCUGCAGCUGUCGACAUAUCACAGGAUCAUGUGCUUCGCCCACCGGUUGCUUAAAGGGGAGGACAAAUGAUUUGGUUUGUUUGUUAUGCUGUUAUAAUUAACAAUGUCUUUAUAUGCUUGUGUUUCUUUUCAACCAUAUGUUUUGUUUUCAAUUGUUCAAGAAGCUCUUAAUCGUGUAAAAACGUUGUUUGAAGACUAGCAAAUGUUGCAUUGCUAACUCUAUCCAAAAUAAACGGAAGUAUUUGACUGAAUUUAACAAGUUGCUGCCUGCAGCUAUGCCCACAUU